UCGGCGUCGAAACAGGGCUGCGAAUCGGCUUCUGUCCAAGGUUCCAACUGCUACAAUAUCUAAGCCUUAACAAGUUAUAGGAGUCAUUACGGUCUACCGUUGCACUUCGUCUAACAACAAAAACAACUUCGGCAUUUCGGGAUAGGUGGACUUCGCUAAGUGGACGUUUGGUGCCUUAAGUAAAUACCCGAAACGAGAUCCAAAGGACUAUACAAUGGUGGUGAUGGAAACAGAUUUCUUGUAGGAAGUCCUAAACGGAUACGCCUGUGAUGCUUCUGAAUUUCUCUAGGCUGAUUUUUUGCUCGUACAUAUGCUGUUGAGCAGAUCUGCUCACAUGUUUGAGAGUAUUUCGAUGUUGAACAAGAUAUGCAUACGGUUAAUACUGACCAUUGAUUAAGAUAGCUCAGUGAAGAUUAUAUCGUACAAGUGCAAAAGAAGACUAUAUAGUGUUAACAUCUAUUGAAAUUUCACUGUUCAAAAUGUGCUGGACUACAAAAAUGAUUCCGGUAUUGCUCUGGAUGAGCGCCAUGUUCAUCUCCUCGAAUGGUGUGAUCCGUUUCGCAAGCGCGUCGUUAACAGCCGCAAUCGACUGUAAUUCGGAGGCAGUAACAACUUGCGUCAAGAAACUGGAGGCACUCGUGUCCGAACAAGAGUUCCCACAUGAUGACACGUUAUGCGACGAGCUGAAUAUGGCUGUCGAAUGCGUAAGCAAAUUUGCCGAAAAAUGCUUUAACGAACGCCAGAGACAAAGCUAUUCGCGGUUCACAAAUGGAGCAAUGCAGAUGAUAUCCGAUUUCUGUGACAAACGAUCAUUCUUCAGAAAAGCGUAUCUCCAACACUCGAGUUGUUUCUCUACAGUGCAAGACGAUUAUAGGCGUUGUGCAGAAAGGCACCUCUCCACGCUAAGCUUGAAUCAUUCGAGUUCAACAACGGAAUCGAAUGAUCUCGGUGAAGAGAAUUUCAACCAGCGAACGAAAAAAAUCUGUUGUAUGUUCCGCGAUCACAUCCGCUGUACCCGGGCUAUGAUUGAAGCGCGGUGUGGGGCUGAGGCCGCGGACUUGGCAGACGACAUUAUCACUAAAGCAACGGCAAGACUUGUACAUCCGUACUGUACAGAGCUACCAAUUGGAGACGGAGGAUGUUCAAUGGCGACGCCGAUCUGUCGAACUAGUAAAACACAGUGGACUUUACUCAGUGGGCUAAUUCUCACAUUGAUAUACUGGUACUGACUAAUGUUAGCUCAGCUUAUAAAGAGCAUACGGUUGAUCGAGAAUAAAGUUCACAAAUUAGUUGACCAUCCCCGACAAGUUAGCCUAGUCUAGAUCUGGACUCAAUAUUUUUCUUGCUCUUGAAAAAAUAAGAAUGGCUUCCAUCGAAUCUGAUGCGCAAAUGCUAACCAAUGCAGCAAUUUAGUAAAUGAUCACAUUGGAGUCGAAAAUGUAUUAGGUCUCAGCAGAGUAGAAAGAUGAAUAUUGUAUGAUAUCAGAUAUGAUUGAGUGAAACAAAACCUGAUCAAUUAGUUUGGAAUGAACCGUACGACAGAUAAUGAUAGUGAAGCAUUCUUGAAUUUAGAGAGAGUAAAAUUUUGAGUUCUAUCCUCAUUAAAUUGUGACCGUUAAUAAAACGACCACACGAUUAUUGAAUGAGGAUGGUCCGUCCAGAUAGAGUAAAAGGACACAUAUCGUUGUAUCGUUGUGAUAUAAUGAGCUAAAACCAAUGAUCUGUGAUGUAUUUAUAUAGUCGUACAAGGGUAUGUUUGUAAAAGGUGAUGGCACAUCGAACUCGCAUUUUAUUUUUAUUAUUCGAAUUUAUACGCAUUUUUUAUGUUACUCGAAUGCUUGGUACGGUAAUAAAUAAAUGAAAUCUUAUGUUUGAUUGGCACAGCCACAUAUUGCUUCACUUGAUAGUAUGGGACAUACCUAACAAAAAUAGCUCUAUAAAAAUCAAUUUUUUACUAAAAAAAUUUCAGGUUGCACUAAAAUGGUUUUGUAGUAGUCGUAUUAGGAAUCAUACUAAUU